GGGUGAAAGGGCGGGCCCGGGCGGUGCGCGUGGGCGUGUGCGUGUGUACGCGCGGGCGCUUCUCCCUGCAUCCGCUCCGAGUGGUACCGAAGAGACAAGCCCUUGUGUGGACACCGUGUACCGUGGUCGACGCAUGCACCUGCGAGAAGGACGUUGGAGUCAGUCCCUAAUCGUCUGCAUGGUGGUCGCCAGCCACCCUGCCAAUCUGCACGAGCGCCAGCCAGCCAGCCAGCCAGCCAGCCAGCCAGCCAGCGAACUGCUCUUUCUUAUCUGCAAGCAGGAUUUCCAAAUAUUUCCAAGUCCAGCUCCCCGGGGGACCUCAGUGGAUUUUACCAUUCUGAUGCUCUUGUUGGUCUGAUUGUUGGAGUGAUGGAGCAAAGAGAGAGCAGCAGAUCCCACGUCUGCUUCAUUGGCCAGUGUGAAACAUGAAAGAGAAGAUUCUGCUCAAGAGGACUCGUUUCCAGCCAUGAAUCAAGAGAGCAUGCACGCCCGCACAAGUGUAAAAAGCACAAGAAUCCAAACGUUAGCUUUGUGUCUCAGGAGGAACGCCAGCCAGCUACUGGACAAUUUCCCAAUGUGAUUGGCCUCCAGACUGUUAGCCGCAACGACUGUUAUCCCUCUCUCGUCCCUUUAGAUACACCUUUUGCUAUUCAUUCUAUUCUCUAUAUCCCUCCGGCCGGCGGGCGGGCGGUCGGUCGGUCGGUCGGUCGGUCGACCAAUUAACUCCGAACUCCAACCUCUGUGGGAUUAUUGCAUUUUUUUGCAAGUAUGGAUCUCCUGAGUUUUUGUAUCCAGCUGCAGGUGCUCCUCUGCACAUGCACGGGACUGCAAUUUUUAGGCCUACCGGGCCAGUGGGCUCGUUACCUCCGCUGGGACGCCAGCGUCCGCGGCGAUCUCAGCUUCCAGUUCAAGACGCAAUUCUCCGAGGCGCUGCUGCUGUACUUUGACGACGGAGGCUACUGCGACUUUCUGCAGCUGGCCGUGGCCGAGGGUCGGCUUCAGCUCCGUUUCGGCAUCGACUGCGCCGAAACCACGGUCGUGUCCGACGCCAGGGUGGACGACGACAAUUGGCACUUUGCCGCUCUCAGCAGGUAUAACCUGCGCACGGUUCUAGCGCUGGACGGACGGGCCAAAGCGGACCAAGUGCGCCCUCAGCGCCAGUUCAUGAAAAUCGUGAGUGACCUGUUCUUGGGCGGAGUGCCUCAGGAUAUCCGCAGCGGCGCGCUCACGCUGCCGACCGUGCGCAACAUGCAGCCUUUCCGGGGCGCCAUCGCAGACCUGAAAUAUGGCAAGUCCCAACCCCUGUUCCUGGGAAGCCUUAAAGUGCCCUUGGAGUCGGAGGGCCGCUGCACCGUCAACCCGUGCGAGAACGGCGGCACGUGCACCGUGACGGCGGCGGACGGACAGCCGCUCUGCGAUUGCUCCAAAACGCAAUACGAGGGCCGCUUCUGCACACGAGAGCUCAGCAGCAAAGCGCCAGGCCUUGCUCACAUGAUGGCAGAACAAGCUAAAAGCAAAGCAAGGGAAGAGAACGUGGCCACAUUCCGUGGUUCUGAAUACUUCUGCUACGACCUCUCUCAGAACCCAAUCCAAAGCAGCAGCGAUGAGAUCACGCUCUCGUUCAAGACUUGGCAGCGCAACGGCCUUAUCCUUCACACCGGUAAAUCGGCCGACUACGUCAACUUGGCGUUGAAGGACGGCGCCGUCUCCCUUGUGAUCAACUUGGGUUCCGGAGCCUUCGAAGCAAUCGUUGAGCCGGUCAACGGCAAAUUCAACGACAAUUCCUGGCACGAGGUCAAAGUGACUCGCAACCUUCGGCAGGUAACAAUUUCGGUGGAUGGGAUUUUAACCACCACGGGUUAUACCCAAGAGGACUACACCAUGCUUGGCUCCGAUGACUUUUUCUAUGUUGGGGGAAGCCCAAGCACCGCUGACCUGCCUGGAUCACCUGUGAGCAACAACUUCAUGGGCUGUCUCAAGGAGGUGGUGUACAAGAACAACGACAUCCGCCUGGAGUUGUCCCGACUGGCUCGGGUUGUUGACCACAAGAUGAAGAUCCAAGGCGAGGUGUCCUACAAGUGUGAAAAUGUGGCUACGCUGGACCCCAUUUCUUUUGAGACUCCAGAGGCCUACAUCAGCUUACCCAAGUGGAACACCAAGCGGAUGGGAUCCAUCUCUUUUGAUUUUCGCACGACGGAGCCCAACGGCCUCAUCCUCUUCACCCACGGCAAACCGCAAGAGCGCAAAGAUGCGGCGGCCAGGAGCCAGAAGAACACCAAGGUGGAUUUCUUUGCUGUUGAGCUGUUGGAUGGAAGUCUGUACCUGCUGUUGGACAUGGGCUCAGGAACCAUCAAGGUGAAGGCCACUCAAACAAAGGUCAACGACGGCGCCUGGUAUCACGUGGAUAUCCAGAGAGACGGUCGCUCAGGUACCAUCUCUGUCAACAGCAGAAGGACCCCAUUCACUGCAAGCGGCGAGAGCGAAAUCCUUGACCUGGAAGGCGACAUGUACUUGGGGGGGCUCCCCAGCGAUCGCACCAACCUCAUUUUGCCCACCGAGCUGUGGACGGCCAUGCUCAACUACGGCUACGUGGGCUGCGUCCGCGAUCUCUUCAUCGACGGUCGAAGCAAAGACAUCCGUCAGAUCGCCGAGGCGCAAAACGGUGCCGGGAUCAAGCCUUCCUGCAACAAGCAAGCCGGCAAGCAGUGCGAGAGUUACCCCUGCAAGAACCGAGGCGCCUGCAAAGAAGGCUGGAAUCGAUUCAUCUGCGACUGCACCGGCACUGGUUAUUGGUCUCGCACUUGUGAGAGAGAGGCCUCCAUCCUCUCCUACGACGGCAGCAUGUAUAUGAAAGUAGUCAUGCCAAGCGUCACGCACACUGAGGCAGAGGACGUGUCGCUGCGUUUUCGCUCGCAGAGGGCUUACGGCCUCCUCAUGGCCACCACCUCCCGAGACUCGGCCGACACGCUCAGGCUGGAGUUGGACGGAGGCCGCGUCAAACUCACCGUCAAUCUAGACUGUAUCAGGAUAAACUGUAACUCCAGCAAAGGACCGGAGACGCUGUAUGCCGGGCAAAAGCUCAAUGAUAACGAAUGGCAUACGGUACGGGUGGUGCGUCGCGGCAAAAACUACAAGCUAAUCGUUGACGAUGAUGUAGCAGAAGGCCAAAUGGUGGGUGACCACACACGUCUGGAGUUCCACAACAUUGAAACGGGCGUCAUGACCGAGCGCAGAUUUGUUUCCAGCAUCCCGUCCAGCUUCAUUGGUCAUCUGCAGAGCCUCAGAUUCAAUGGCAUGCUCUACAUCGACCUGUGCAAAAACGGCGACAUUGAUUUUUGCGAGCUCAACGCCCGCUUCGGGAUCCGUUCCAUUAUCGCUGACCCGGUCACCUUUAAAUCCAAGAGUAGCUAUCUGAGCCUGGCCACCCUCCAGGCCUACGCGUCCAUGCACCUCUUCUUCCAGUUCAAGACCACCUCCGCCGACGGCUUCAUCCUAUUCAACUCGGGAGAUGGCAGUGAUUUUAUUGCGGUAGAGCUGGUGAAAGGAUACAUCCAUUAUGUGUUUGACCUGGGAAAUGGGCCCAAUUUGAUCAAGGGCAAAAGUGAAAGAGCCCUGAAUGACAACCAGUGGCACAACGUGGCCAUCACCCGAGACAACAGCAACACUCAUACCCUCAAAGUGGAUGCGAUAGCCACAAUUCAGAGCAUCAAUGGGGCCAAGAACCUGGACCUGAAAGGCGACCUUUUCAUCGCUGGAUUGGGUCCUGGCAUGUAUGGUAGUCUUCCCAAGCUGGUGGCCUCCAGAGAGGGUUUCCAAGGCUGCUUGGCUUCAGUGGACCUCAACGGGCGUCUGCCAGACCUCAUCAGCGACGCCUUGUUUCGUAGCGGGCAGAUUGAGCGUGGAUGUGAAGGUCCCAGCACCACCUGUCAGGAGGACUCGUGUGCCAACAUGGGGAUUUGCAUCCAGCAGUGGGAGAACUACACGUGUGACUGCUCCAUGACCUCCUACACUGGGACGCAGUGCAAUGACCCUGGGACCACAUACAUCUUUGGCAAAGGAGGAGGCCUCAUAACGUUCAAGUGGCCGGCCAACGAGAGACCGAGCACCAGGACCGACAGGCUGACCGUUGGCUUUAGUACCUCGCUCAAAGACGGCAUCCUCGUCAGGAUCGACAGUGCUCCGGGUCUGGGGGACUUUCUCAUGCUUCACAUACAACAAGGCAAAAUUGGCGUGACGUUCAACAUUGGGACGGUGGAUAUCAGCGUCCAAGAGAACAGCACCCCGGUGAAUGAUGGAAAGUAUCACGUGGUCCGCUUCACCCGAAACGGUGGCAACGCGACGCUGCAGGUUGAUAACUGGUCCAUCAAUGAACACUUCCCAACAGGGAACAGUGACAUUGAACGGGUUCAGUUGGCCAAUAAGAAAAUUCCUUUCAAGUACUCCAGGCCAGUAGAAGAAUGGCUCCAAGAAAAGGGACGCCAGCUAACCAUAUUCAACACUCAAGCCACGGUGGCAAUCGGCGGAAGCGAUCGUGGCCGGCCGUUUCAGGGCCAACUCUCUGGUCUUUAUUACAAUACCCUCAAGGUGUUGAACAUGGCUGCGGAGAGCAACCCCAAUGUCAAGAUCAAUGGGAGCGUGAGGCUGGUGGGCGAUGUCCCCACCGGGGCAGGCUCCACCAAGUCCACUGCCGUGCCUUCAGAUGUCUCCACUAACUUCAUUGAGACCACUACCAUGAUGUCCACCACCACCAUGCGGAAACACAGGUCCUCUUCAACGAAGCAUCCAACGGAUGACAUAGUGUCAUCUGCCGAGUGUUCCAGCGACGAUGAAGACCUGGAGGAGUGUGAAACGGGUCAUCCAGCACUUCCCACAGAAGCAGGCGUCAGGCCGGGGCCUUCGGAAGUAGUCCGGGAAUCAAGCAGCACCACCGGGAUGGUCAUCGGAAUAGUGGCGGCCGCCGCCCUGUGCAUCCUCAUCCUUCUUUAUGCCAUGUAUAAGUACAGGAACAGGGACGAAGGCUCCUACCAGGUGGACGAGAGCAGGAACUAUAUCACCAACUCGGCACAGAGCAACGGUACCGUGGUCAAGGACAAACAGCAGAGCUCCAAAGGCAGCAAGAAAAAGCAGAAGAACAAGGAUAAGGAGUAUUACGUGUGAGCCCGACCACGGCGAGCGCGAGCGCUCGUGACAGAGGACGGACGGUAUGGAACGAAGGGAACUUCCGUGAUCUUUGACUGUGCCGAGGAGCCCGACUGGUGACGCGUACACUUACUAGAUCGAAAGCACACUUCACUUCUGUCAGGAGGCUUAUUAGCAACUUUAGAGACCUGACUUACUACUCUCUAUCCGUAUAGAACAGCUACAUCAUUCUCCUAAGUGACUGCAAUGUGAUUGAUCUGUGACAAAAAAACAAAAGAUAUUUUCUACCUUACAAGACGGACGGCUUGACCACGAUGGGCAUGGAAGCAACUCAUACAGAGUGCUUCGCAAGAAGGGGUCGAACCAAGCCUUGUUCAAGUUCAAAAAAAAGGACACUUCCAAAUUUGUAUGGUUUCUAAGUAAUAAUAGUGUGGUGUCUUAUUUAUUUUUGCUUUGAGCAAAAGAAAAAUGGAGGUCCAAACAAGAAAGCAUCUCUCUCUCUCUCUCUCUCUCUCUCUCUCUCUCUGUCUGUGUUUCAAAUGAACUCACGUGAGCAAAUGGACAGCCGCUGGCUCCCUCCGUUCUCGUUCAAAUGCUAUGAUUGUCUGGCACACAAAGUUGUGGGGGUGAAGAGAAAAGAAAAAAAGCAAAUGAUUGUAAAAUGCAUGUCAGUCUAACUUACGCUACAACAGUCAAGUUCUAUCCCCUUUGAGGCAAAAGGGCUCACCAUGGGAGCAAAGUGAAGUCCUCCCUCCCUAGCCCUCCCGCUUUUGGACCAGCCAAAAUUCGAGCUAGCCUGCUACUAUUUGUGCACAAGCGAGUGGCGUUCUGAUCUUUUUGCAAAACUCUACCUGAGUUGAUUGUUCUCUUUUUCUAUGGAGGUGUGAGGAGAAAGACAAAUGCAGUACUAAAACCUUGUUCCAAACGCAAAUCAAUCCAAUGGUGUGAAUUCGAAUCUAUUGUCACACUCAACUGUGUCAAAAAAAGACAUUUGUUUACAUAUUUUAUUACAUGCUCGCUGUUGUACUUUGUAGGUCGUAAAUUGUACAUACGUAUAUAUACCAUAUGAUGGUGGUCAUUUUUAGUACCUCUAUUGUACAGACUGAACAUGAGCAGAUUUCAUGACAAAGUCCAUCAACACUGAGAAAAAGAAUGUGGAGAAUACUAUUGAUAUUUCGUAAAAAUAUAGAGAUAUAUAUCGAGAUAUAUAUAUAUAUACAUACAAAUUGUAUUGGUAGCCUAGAGAUCAAAGCAGAGCUGUUUCUAAAGUUGCAUGAAUAUUUACCAACUUGCAGUGUUUCAACAAAAUAAGGUGCCCUUCUGUAUCACGGCAAAACUGUUUUGGGUUCCAAUAGUCUCGUUCAUUUUCAAAGAAAAUAAAGUCAGCACUAUGGCCAAUCGGAUCACCAUUUUCAUCAAUGGGCUGGCCAACUGAACAUUUGGACUCAAGUCUUAUUGUCGUCAUGUUGUGGAUAGCAUUUGAACCCUCGUGCUCGCUUAAAAGCCAGCAGGCACACUUGAACUGCACCUCGCUCGCUCGCUCGCUCGCUCGCUCUUCCUCCCAGCAGUGGAUGAAAUACUAAGCUGAAUGCAUAUGUCUUUAUUUUCCACUUUAUUGCGUCCGCGAAGAAAAUCGACUGAACGUCAUUUCAAUCAAAGUUUCAGGUUCGACAUAAAGGAAGAGAUGCAGUGCUUGGAAAGUUGAUGAGGUGUGCUUCGCUAUCCAACCGGAGACUGAGUUACAGACUCUUUCAUCGCAGGUUUUCAUCAAUACACCUUUAUCAUCAACAACAGGAGAAGGAAGCCAGCAUCUGAUUCACGGAAACAAAAGGAUAGAAAUAACCCACCUCGACAUAGACGACAAAUUGCAAACCUCUUUAGCGAUCAAGCGUGUUGACAGACAGAAAUGUUGUUUGAAGACAAUGAAGCUUCUCGGUAAGGCGACAAACGUGGAAUGGAUAGGGUAUUAGUUUCUACAAAUAAACUAAGACUUGUUGAAACUCGUCUUGUUGCCGGCCAGCCAGCCAGCCAGCGAGCCGGCCAGCCAGCCAGCCGGCCAGCCGGCCAGCCUGCCGGCCAGACUAUUAAACGCAACUCCCACAUUUCCAUCAACAUGCUUCUUCUUUCAAGGCAUUCAUGUGAGGUGCCAGGAUGCAAGUGUGCAUCGCGGUCCCCGAUGAAUGACUACUUAUAUAUACGCAAGUAGCUGACUCUGCAAUGGUUGUAGGCAGUAUUAUUGCAUGACACUUUCAUAUCGACUGCUGUAUGUGUUUUGGAAUGAAAUGACACCACUCGUAUGUGUUUACAUGACACAUUCAUCAUCAUUUAAAUGCCAAAUUGGAGUGCACCUGGUUUUGAAAUAGGAAUGAGAGGUGGUCAAAUUCAUGCCGCAACAUGACUUGACAGUGGAUGAAGAAGAAUGUUCAAAGGCUUCAUUGUCACAGAUUGCUCGUCUGAUGUCUCAAUUAGAACCUAGGUUGGUGGUGGUGUUGUUGUUGUUACACUUAAGGACAGGUUAUUGAGGAUCAACUGCACAG